AUGUCUCCUAGACUUGUUGGACGCCUUCCUGCUGGACAGGCUCGCCACAUCGACCAUGCAAGGCGUCAGAUUGUUAGCGGCUCGCUCACUGGGCCCAUUACAAUCACUGUCGUUAGGCCCAUAUCUUCGACUUCUAGCCCACCUUCGACUUCUAGUGCGCCGGGAACUGUCACCGUGACGACGACGACUACGCGCUCGUCAUCGAGUGCCGUGUCAACGACCACCUCUUCAACUUCCUCGUCCCCGCCUACCCGAUCCCUGGAGACUUCCUCUGUCUCUUCCACCACGAGUUCACUUGCCUCAGGCUUCCCCGUAGCCAUGGAAGGCGACACCGGCAAAGGUGUAGAAGGUUCGAGCAACGGUAGGGAUUCGAGUCCUCAGCGAGGUGGUCUACCGGCCGGUGCCAUUGCAGGAAUCGUCAUCACCAUCCUCCUCGUCCUUGCUGCACUCACCGUGUUCCUGGUGCGCAAACGGAUGGCAGCCAACCGCCAGAGCCGGUCACGCAGUUGGAAAGACAACAUGUUCUCCAAGGGGAUCAACAGCGAGAAGUACAAUGCAGGGGGCGCAGGCUAUGGACGGGAAGAAGGUGUGGGGGGAACGAUUACUCCGUAUGCGUUCUCUCCACAACCGCAGACGCAACAUAAAUCCACCCCGAGCAAGUCAAUCCCCCGAGUCCCCGUCCCAGCCAUGCCGACAACGUCUUACAACAAUCCCCCCACCGCGGGGAUCGUCCCUACGCCUACCGGCGAAUGGCCGCGAUCCCCUCCAGUGGUCAACGGGCGAACGGUCGUGUCAACAUUCAUCCCAUCACUUCCUGAUGAAAUGUCGAUAUCAAUGGGUGAAACGGUGCGGGUUCUAGCGGAGUACGAUGAUGGGUGGGCGUUGUGCAUGAACGGACGAGGUGAACAGGGCAUGGUCCCUCUUGAGUGUCUGGGACAAGAUAACAGCACACAGCAGGCCUAUGUCGCUCGGGAUCCAAGUGUGGCGCGGCGUGCCAGCAGCUUGACGGGGUCGGGGUCGGUCCGACGGAUGUAA